AUGGCCGUCAACCCGACCCUCGCCCUACGACAGCCGUUGCGGCUCGUCGGCCAGGCGGCUCGUCGUCCUCGCCUGGCCCGCAUCGCGACCCCAUCAAACUCGGCGCCAUCCGGCCUCACCUCGCCUACGACCGUUCGGAGCCCUCGCACCUCUUCGGCCUCGCCGCGCUACCUCUCCACCACCCCCCCUAACAAGGCGGGCGCACGCUCCGCUGUGGGCACCGCCGUGCUCGUAUCCGUCGUCGGGAUCGCCGCCUACGUCCUCGGAUCCAUCUACCCCUCGGCCGUGCUCUCCAUCAUCUACCCGCGCCCCGGCCCACCCCGCCUGAGAGACGACAGCCCAGAGGCACAGGCCCACGCAGAGGCCGUCGAAAAGGCCCUGCACGCCCUGCCCAUCGUCAAACAGCUCAAGUCGCAGUCGGUGGCCAGCGGAGCGGCGGCCGACCUCCCCGCCUGCAAAGAGGGCACCCUCGACCCCACCCAGCAAAAGGUCAUCCCCGCCGACGGCAAGAUUGCGGGAGCCAACAUCGCCCUCUCCGGACCCGGCCUCGAAGGCGGAGAGGCCGACCGUCACCACUACGUCAUGACCCGCCCUUACCUCCGCUACGACGCCGUCAAGGCGCAGCACUCGCUCACCGCCGGCUCGCUCCGCGGCCCGGGCAUGAUUGCCAUCCCGCCAGUCGUCUUUGCAAAGACGGCCGUCGGGGCAAAGGAGACGGGCGGCAGCGAGGGCGACUCGGUCAUCCUCGUCCACCUCGGACGCAGCCUGUGCGGCCACGACGGCAUCAUCCAUGGCGGCAUGCUCGCCACCAUCUGCGACGAGGCACUCGCCCGGACCGCCAUGUACAACCUGCCCGGCCACAUUGGCGUCACGGCCAAGCUCGAAAUCAACUACCGCAAGCCCACGCGCGCCGACCAGUUCAUCGUCGUAAAGACGCAGCUCGUCGAGGCAAAGGGAAGAAAGGCCCAGGUGACGGCCCAGGUCGAGAACCUCGAGGGGACGCUGCUCCUCGACAGCAAGGCCCUCUUCAUCGAGCCAAAGUAUGCAAAGUACUUUCUCGACGCCGAGACCAUGAAGCGACACCUCGAGGGCUGA